AUGCUUUUAGGUAAGUGUUGGGGACCGGUUAACGUCUUGUAAUGCAAGAUUUGCUGCAUUUUUCAAUAAUUUUUCUCCGCCCUCCCCCCUCCCGAAUUAACUAAUUUCACCUAGGUUUCUGAUAAAAUGGUUACAUGAUAAAUGUGUAACGUAACCUGGGGAUAUACUUUCUACAAAUAUAUACAGUUGCAAGAAAAAGUAUGUGAACCCUUUGGAAUGAUAUCGAUUUCUGCACAAAUUGGUCAUAAAAUGUGAUCUGAUCAUCAUCUAAGUCACAACAAUAGACAAUCACAGUCUGCUUAAACUAAUAACACACAAAGAAUGAAAUGUUGCCAUGGUUUUAUUGAACACACCAUGUAAACAUUCACAGUGCAGGUGGAAAAAGUAUGUGAACCCUUGGAUUUAAUAACUGGUUGAACCUCCUUUGGCAGCAAUAACUUCAACCAAACGUUUCCUGUAGUUGCAGAUCAGACGUGCACAACGGUCAGGAGUAAUUCUUGACCAUUCCUCUUUACAGAACUGUUUCAGUUAAGCAAUAUUCUUGGGAUGUCUGGUGUGAAUCGCUUUCUUGAGGUCAUGCCACAGCAUCUCAAUCGGGUUGAGGUCAGGACUCUGACUGGGCCACUUCAGAAGGCGUAUUUUCUUCUGUUUAAGCCAUUCUGUUGUUGAUUUACUUCUAUGCUUUGGGUCAUUGUCCUGUUGCAACACCCAUCUUCUUUUGAGCUUCAGCUGGUAGACAGAUGGCCUUAAGUUCUCCUGCAAAAUGUCUUGAUAAACUUAGGAAUUCAUUUUUCCAUUGAUGAUAGAAUUCCGUCCAGGCCCUGACGCAGCAAAGCAGCCCCAAACCAUGAUGCCCCCACCACCAUACUUCACAGUUGGGAUGAGGUUUUGAUGUUGUGCUGUGCCUUUUUUUCACCACACCGAGUGUUGUGUGUUUCUUCCAAACAACUCCACUUUGGUUUCAUCUGUCCACAGAAUAUUUUGCCAGUACUGCUGUGGAACAUCCAGGUCCUCUUGUGCAAACUGUAAACGUGCAGCAAUGUUUUGUUUGGACAGCAGUGGCUUCCUCUGUGGUAUCCUCCCAUGAAAUCCAUUCUUGUUUAGUGUUUUACGUAUUGUAGAUUCGCUAACAGGGAUGUUAGCAUUUGCCAGUGACUUUUGUAAGUCUUUAGCUGACACUCUAGUAUUCUUCUUCACCCCAUUGAGCAGUCUGCGCUGUGCUCUUGCAGUCAUCUUUACAGGACGGCCACUCCUAGGGAGAGUAGCAGCAGUGCUGAACUUUCUCCAUUUAUAGACCAUUUGUCUUACCGUGGACUGAUGAACAGGAAGGGAUUUUUUGGGGAUACUUUUAUAACCCUUUCCAGCUUUAUGCAAGUCAACAAUUCUUAAUCAUAGGUCUUCUGAGAGCUCUUUUGUGCGAGGCAUCAUUCAUAUCAGGCAAUGCUUCUAGUGAAAAGCAAACCCAGAACUGGUGUGUGUUUUUUAUAGGGCAGGGCAACUGUAACCAACACCUCCAAUCUCAUCUCACUGAUUGGACUCCAGUUGGCUGACAUCUCACUCCAAUUAGCUCUUGGAGAUGUCAUUAGUCUAUUGGUUCACAUACAUUUUUCCACCUGCACUGUGAAUGUUUACAUGGUGUGUUCAAUAAAAACAUGGCAACAUUUCAUUCUUUGUGUGUUAUUAGUUUAAGCAGACUGUGAUUGUCUAUUGUUGUGACUAAGAUGAUGAUCAGAUCACAUUUUAUGACCAAUUUGUGCAGAAAUCCAUAUCAUUCCAAAGGGUUCACAUACUUUUUCUUGCAACUGUACUUUUAUGUAGUGGUUUUAUUCUGUGACUACUAAAAAAUUAUAGUCUUGGCAUGCUUUAAAAUCUUAAUUCAUUUCUUGCAAUAUUUGUUUUUCAACCUCUAAAAAGUUAUGGAAAUCCUAGCCAUAUCGGGCAUUUUUAACAAUCAGGACUAAUUCGUGCUUUCUUUAGUUGCUCUUGGUGUGUAGAACCAAUUGUGUAGAAUUAUAAUAGCCAAUUUUCUUGCUAUUAAAUAUUGUGCAAUAUGUAUAUAUGGGAUUCAAAAAAAAAUAAAAAUAUAUAUUAUAAAAAAAGUAAAUGUAUGUAAAUAAAAUUAAAAAAUAUAAAAAUAAAUAUAUAGAUGUGUUUUGUUCUAACUGUAUUGUGAUAGAUAUAGAGAUAGAGAUAUAUAUAUAUAUAUAUAUAAUCAAAAUACACGUAGAACAAAAUAAAUAUAUAUAUAUAUAUAUAUAUAUAUAUAUAUAUAUAUAUAUAUAUAUAUAUAUAUAUAUAUAUAUAUAUAUAUAUAUAUAUAUAUAUAUGUAUGUAAUAUUUUUACAUAAUUAGGUAUCUUAAUUAAUUACAAUUAGCCGGACCUGCCUGACAACCCAUACCGAAAGUAAAGGGAAUUUAAUUUGUUAGCACUAUAUUUAACCCUAUAACUUUCCAAGACACCAUAAAACCUGUAUAUGGGGGGGUACUGUUCUACUCGGGAGACUCCGCUGAACACAAAUAUUAGUGUUUCAAAACAGUAAAAUGUAUUACAACAAUGAUAUCGCCAGUAAAAGUGAAGUUUUUUGCAUUUUUCACGCACAAACGGCACUUACACGGACGAUAUUAUUGCUGCGAUACUUUUUACUGUUUUGAACCAUAAAUAUUUGUGUUCAGCGAAGUCUCCAGAGUACAACAGUAUCCCUCAUGUACAGGUUUUAUGGUGUUUUCAAAAGUUAGUGUCAAAUAUAAGGCUUGUUUCAUUUUUUUCACAUUAAAAUACGUCAGAUUAGUUACGUUGCCUUUCAGACCCUAUGGUAGCCCAAGAAUGAAAAUUACCCCUAUGAUGGCAUACCAUUUGCAAUAGUAGACAACCCAAGGUAUUGCAAACUGGGUAUGUCCAGUCUUUUUUAGUAGCCACUUAGUCACAAACACUGGGCAAAAUUGUCAUUUUUUUGCAUUUUUCACACACAAAUACUAACGCUAAAUUUGGCCAGUGUUUGUGACCAAAUGGCUACUAAAAAAGACUGGACAUACCACAUUUGCAAUACCUUGGGUUGUCUACUAUUGCAAAUGGUAUGCCAUUAUGGGUGAAAAUUUUAUUCCUGGGCUACUAUACAGUCACAAAGGCAACCUAACCAAUCUGAUGAAUUUCAAUUUCAAAUGUAACGUGCUAUAUUUGACCCUGUAACUUCCCAAAACGCCAUAAAACCUGUACAUAGGGGGUACUGUUUUACACGUGAGACUUUGCUGAAUACAAAUGUGUAUUUUAUUGCAGUAAAAGCAAACAGUAUUAUGACAUUGACCGUUAAAAUGUCAUGUAGAACAAAAAAAAUUCUAUUUUUUUCAUAUUAAAUUGUUUCAUAGCUAAAUAUUUAAUAGUAAAUGAAAGCCCUGUUUUUCCUGAAUAAAAUGAUUUUUAAGUGUGGGUGCAUUUAAUAUGCAAGAGAUGAAUUACAGUUGGACAGACAUGUAGUGCAAAUGCCAGGUUUUGUUUUGUUUUUGUUCACAACGUGUACAUUUGGCUCAGUCCUUAAGGGAUUAAAAGAGCAUAUUUUUCCUUUAAAAAAAUGAUGAUAGAGAAUAUGUAUGGGUGUACUUAAACAGGCUGAAACUGUGGUAUAAUUAACUCUUGACAAAAGUGUCAAACAGACCAUGGUUCAUAUGAAGAGGUUAACGCAAGUUGCUUUGUAUUUCAGAUAACUUAGUGCUGUCAAUGGCUAAGCUGUGUGUAUACAAUUAUAAGGAAUUAUUUUUCUGGAGAGAAGGGGGCAUGGUUAAGGAGGCAGGCUUAUGGGGCAGCAUUCUGCAAAACAUUGUGAUUAUUUUAGUGUAAAAAGGAUUUAAGAUUUGAGCAUGCAGAAAAUACUGCAAAACCUCCUUAAUAAGGUUGCUCUAAAGUUGUAUUUUUAACAUUUUUCAUUACUAUUGCUUGCAUUUCCAGGCCAUGAAGCCAUACAAAUAACGGUCAAUGAAGGACUUCCCGACGCUUUGCCUUCUUCUGAUGUUAUCAAUGAUACUGUUAGCAUCAGGGUUCUUGAAACCACAACAAAUCUUAUCAUAGAUAACACACCACAAGUACAAGAAAUAUCUGAAAGCAGUGUGGGAGAAGAUUCAGAUGUAGACAAAAGUAAUGUCACUGAUACGUAUAUCUUUACACCCCCAGAAGAUACGCAGAUUGAAUAUACAUCUAAUCAGUUCAUGGAAGAAUCGGUUUCAUACAAACUAUUUGAUUCGACAGAGUCCGGUAUUUAUACACCCAUAGAACAUGUCCAGAUAGAAAUUGAGGCUGCUCAGAGUGAGGAAGAAUCCACAUCCAGUGAAGAAGUAAAUCUCACAGACAGUGAUGUGUGUAUAUCCACAGAACAUACACAGACAGGAUAUACAUCUGCUCAUGCUAAGAAGAUAUCCGAUACUUGUGAAGAUGAUUUCACAGAAAUCCACAUUCACACAUGCACAGACGAUAAUACACAGCUUAAAAAUCCAUCUGUUCAUUUUAAGGGAGGAUUGGCUUCACACGUAGAAGAGGACCACACUGAAAUUGACACAACAAUGGAAAAUAGCCAGAAUGAAUUUACAGCUAUUCGUAUUAAGGAGGAACCAUUGUCAAGUGACGAGAACUGUUUGACAGAUGACAGCAGUAGCACCCCUUCAGAAUAUAUCCAGACAAAAUAUCCUUUUACUCAUAUCAAAGGGGAAUCUGUCUCAUGUGAAAAUGGAGAUAAAACAGAUGUUGACCACAAUACACCCUCCAAACCUUCAGAUAGAGACUCUGAUUCUCUACACAUAAAGGAGGAAUCAAACUCAUGUGAAGAAGAGAACAUGGAAGGGGAUGGCUUGAGUGAACCCAGAAAAUACAUAGUUAUUACUAAUAAAGAAUUGAUGGAAACUACUAAUGGAAGCCAAGUAAUAUAUUCCAGCUCGUUAGAACAGCAAAGUGACAGCAGCAAAAGUCUAAAAGUGCCUUCGGAUCCCCUUCAAGAAAGCACACACGGGAUACAGAUGUAUAAUUGCUCAGAGUGCCCAAAAUGUUUUACCAGUAGCACUGCAUUGUCAAGGCAUAAAUCAAUCCAUAGGGAAGAUAGGCUGUCUUGCUCGGAGUGUGGUAAACAUCUUUCGUCUAAAUCAAGUCUUGUCAGACAUUACAAAAGUCACACAGGGAUGGAGGUAUUCUCAUGUCCAGAAUGUGGAAAAUACUUCACUUACAGAGCAAAUCUUGUUGCACAUCUGAAAACACAUUCAGGUCAGAAGCCAUACUCUUGUUCCGAAUGUGGGAAGUGUUUUACGGUUAAAACCAGCCUUGUACGACAUCAGUUGAUUCAUACGGGAUUAAAACCAUACUUCUGCUCUGAAUGUGGGAAAUGUUUUGCACUGCAUUCAAGUUUUCUGUCCCAUCAGAAGACACACUCUGGAGUGAAGCCUUUCACAUGUUCUGAAUGUGGGAAGAGCUUUAUCAGUGUCUCUCAUCUAAUAAAUCAUCAGAGGACUCACACAGGAGAAAAGCCCUUCACAUGUUGUGAAUGUGGGAAAUCUUUCAGUGUUAAGUCGCACCUCCUCGCACAUCAGAGAAGCCACACUAGAGAGAAAUCAUUUCCAUGUUCUCAAUGCGGAAAAUUGUUUAUAUCUAGUUUACGCCUUGUACAACACCAGAGAAUCCACACAGGGGAGAAACCAUUCACAUGUUGUGAAUGUGGGAAAGCUUUUAGCCUUAACGCGCACCUCCUCACACAUCAGAAAAGCCAUACUCGAGAAAAAUCGUUUCCAUGUUCUCAAUGCGGAAAAUCGUUUACAUCUAGUUCACACCUUGUACAACACCAGAGAAUCCACACAGGGGAGAAGCCGUUCGCAUGCACUAAAUGUGAAAAAAGUUUUGCAUAUAAGCCAAGUCUUAACAAACAUAAUUUGACUCACACUGAGAACAAAAAUUUAAGUGAAUGA